CGACGGAAGUUCCAGAGCGCUCGUCUGAAGGCUGGAGAGUACGACGAAAAGCCAUGGUUGCAAGGCAAAGAAGACCCGAACUACCGGCGCAAGAAGAUAGAGCGAGGGAUUUUCUGGGGUAGUAUUGCGCUCGGGGUGGUUCUUGGGGCCGCCAUCUGUGCAUUCGAGUACAUCAACGUGUCAACGGGCGAGUUCUGCCUGUUCCUCGAAGAUGACUUCCAUACCAUCGAUCCCGCGACAUGGAGUUACGAGAUACAGCGAGGAGGCUUCGGUUCUGGCUCCUUUGAGUGGACGACCACCGACGCUAAGAAUGCAUACACAGACGCGGAGGGCUUACACAUCGUGCCAACUCUUACCACAGAAACGACGGAUAUCACGCCAGCACAGAUCCUAGACGGCUACGUGCUUAAUCUGACAACCGCCGGAACAUGCACCAGUCAGGACUAUACUAUGUGCUCGAUUCGUAGCAACUCUACUUCAGGCGACAUUGUCAACCCUGUCCGAAGUGCUCGCUUGUCAACUCAGGGCAAGAAGACGUUGAAGUACGGACGCGUGGAGGUCACUGCCAAGAUGCCGCAAGGAGACUGGCUAUGGCCAGCCAUUUGGAUGAUGCCUGAAGACAGUGUCUACGGCCCGUGGCCGCAGUCCGGCGAGAUCGAUAUCGCAGAGAGCAAAGGCAAUAGUCCGGUCAACUACACCGACGGCCGUGAUUCUGUAGGCUCAACCCUGCAUUGGGGCCCAACACCAGGAACUGAUGCUUUCUGGAGGACAUCCGGAAAGCAUACCUUGAAGAGAACGGACUACUCCGAAGCCUUCCACGUCUAUGGUCUGGAGUGGACCGAGAAGUACCUCUUCAUGUAUAUUGACAGCAGGCUGCUUCAAGUCUUCUUCCUGAAGUUCAACUCCGCUUCGAGCAUGUGGAACCGCGGCAAAUUUGGCGAGACUAUCGUCAAUAAGUCUGCACUUGCCGACCCAUGGACUUCAUCUUCCGCACCCAACACUCCCUUCGAUCAGUCAUUCUUCCUCAUAUUGAACGUCGCAGUAGGUGGCACGAACGGCUACUUUGUAGACGGUGUUGGCAACAAGCCAUGGGGAGACGCUGCAUUGACGGCGCCUUUAGAGUUCUGGAAGGCUAAGGAUGUUUGGCUACCGACUUGGGGAGAGGGUGACAAGCGAGGCAUGACUGUACAGAGUGUGAAGAUGUACAAAGAGGGCAAGUGUUAG